ACAGUCAGUCUCUGGCUCUUCGCUUCUCUCUCCGUCUGUCUGGCUCUCGGCUGCAUUGGCCUUCUGGCUGUCUAUACAAUUGCCUAUUUUUUUUAUCAGUGUCGAUAUUUCUGAAGCAUAUGGUGUUUGUUGUCAGUAGGACAUUGUGUUUGUUUCAUCUCAAAAAUGUCAUGCAAUGUGAAGACUGUUUAGAUUUAAUAUGUUUUCAGUCCUUUCUCUAUAUCUCUCAUGAAUCAAGGAAAAUCUGGGGUUAAUUUGCAACAAUCUUCAUUACUAGGUACAAGGCGAAGUGUAGAAUUGAGAAAUUGAUGAAAGCACUUUUUUGGUCACUCGCUUUUCAGUUGCAGAUUGCAUAUAAACAAUAUGAUUGAUAUUGUAAAUCUUGUAGUUAAGGAUCAGUCACAUUGUAUUAUAUUUCACGUAGCCAAGCAACAUGUUUGCUUCCUUUCGCCAACUUUUGCACAAUGAACGCUGCAGAUUUUCUAAUCCACCUGAACUGACUCCAGUGUCAGAUGCCGCUAUUUAAAUUCUUGUAGCCCUUACUUACUACUAUUCGUCAAAUAAUGAAUCCAUUCUCAUUAUGUUGGUGUGUUUGUAAACCUCUUCUGGCACGUUGAAACUUCAGAGGCCACAGCAAUCCAGACUGGAAGCCACCUUAUCUGAGCGGGUGGAGAUGGUGGGUGUGAGUGUAGUGCAGGUGGCGAAUGGGGUUCGUCACACACCCCUCCCACCUCUCACACACGAGUUACAGCUCAGCCAUGAAGACCACACAAAGGAACUUGACACAUCCUCCCCACCACCUAAAGUGUUGGGGGGAUUUGUUGGAGGGGGGCAGCUUGCUUGGCGAGCCUGUGGCCCCACCUUGGAGGUCAUUGAGCCAACAACAGGAAGGAGAAAAGCUGCAUGGACAUUUGGUGCCAUCAUGCACAAUGCUGAUGCCAGGGUAACAAGUGUGGCUGGUGUUGGGCUUGGGACAAUUUCCCAAGUUGUAGUUGGUGUGGACCUUGGUGCAGACCGAAGACCUCAGGGAAUGGUUGCGCUUUUAUCUCUCCAUUCGUCACGUGUAACUAGAGUAUUUCAUUUUACUUACAAGGUAACAAAUGUGUGUAUGGUGUCCGGUGGAGAAGUGAGUGUGGAUCCGGGCACCUUAUCAGCAGAGUUGCGUCCAUGGCGAGGUCUGUUGGUCGUUGGAACGUCGCAUGGAACACUUCAUCUAGUUGACUUAGCAUUAGACCUGGGUGGUCAUAAGGUUUUGUCUGAUGAGAUCUCUCCAGGAACUUUAGUGAAUAUAACCAUACCAGAUGCCCAAGCAGAGAGUUCCCGGUUCAGUGCAGUUAUGCAAAAUUGCCAUCCAACUGUAUGCUUAAGUGAUGGAAUGAGUCAAAAUGGCCGCUUCCAGCUCAUCGGGCCCGACGACAAUGUGCUUUUUGAGACGGCAAGUCACUGUGUGGUGGUUACUGCCAUGUCCUUCAUCCCACAGCUUGCCUCGCUUGUCAUAGGAUAUAAUUUUGGGGCUUUUCAGAUAAUCAACUUGUCAACUCUAACCAUAGAUUGUGCAAGCCCCUAUGAAGACAACAUGCCUCCAGUACAUUCCUUUGCCUGCCAAGAACCAGAGAAUGACCCCAAGAACUUUGUUUACCUGUGGCUCUGUCGGAGUUGGGGUCCAUCUGAUGAGUCUGAAGGUAAGGAUGGAAGGCCUGCAGGGAGGAACAAAGCCCCAGCAUUGUGCACCAUGUAUACCAUGACCUACGACAAUAAAGUGUGGAUAGAAGGGCACGGACUGUGGUACCAGGGCCUUGCAUCUAUUUCUCCGAGGUUUGAGUUUGAUGCUAUCGGAGGUCUGGGUCUGAAGGGCCAGCCAGCCCAACCCAGCAUGGUGUUCACUGCCAUGACAGUGCGGCAGACAACCCACAAUUCAGCGGUGGCACCGGGAGGAUCUUCAGCUGCUUCGGCACUUGCUACUCCUGAUGAAGAUGCUGGACCAGCACCUGAACAAAGCUUGUCAAUGUUUGGGUGGGUAGGAGGCGUCCUGGAACGGGGGUGUAUUACUGUCAAUCACUACCUGGCUAUCUUUGACAUUAACCAGUGGUAUCAGGCUCAAAUGCCCUCCAAUUUGAAGCUGGAUGAGUCUUUACUGUGCCCAUACAUGAGCUUCCAUGUCUUGGACAGAGUACCUGGAGGAGCCAACGAGUUUGUCCUUGGUGCAGCCCCCAAGCCAGCUUCAUGGACUAGACACAUGUCACGCACUUGUAAUGAUAGUGACUGGUUCCCUGCUGCCCUCUCAUACGAUGCCCAUGUGUUAACUAGUCAAGGUCUGAUGGAAUAUCGAUGCCUGAGUGCUCAGCAGGCAUCCCUGACCUACCUAACUUCCUGUGGGCCCUCUGCAGUCGUGACCCCAGGAGAGGCCCAUGCAAUGUGCACCUUUUCUGGCCUUAUUCCCCAAGACAACCAUAUGGCAACUACAGGAUCUUCUAUGGUUUUGGAGCGUGAAGCCCUUCUGAAUGUCGCUCUGGACCAGCAGUUGGUGUCCCUUUUAGUUCAGUGUGUAGCGGAAUUUUCUGAGGGUCGCUUUACUAACCUCGGAUGCUCCCUGCCAUCUUUACUGGACUGGGCUUGGUCAAGAGUGUGUGCCAUCAAGGCCACCAAUGACAGCCUUAGUCUACCCCUGUUUGACCCAGACUGUGGAGUCAUUAGUGCAGAGAAUAUUACCACUCUUCACCAGAAUCUCAACAGUUUGGCCUCUCUCACCACCGUUGUUACUGCUAUACGGGACUGUGCCAAAACAAACAUGAUAACCAUGAAAGGUGCUGGUGAACUGGAGAGUCGUGUCCAGGUUGUGAGUCUGUUGAUGCUACAUUUGAGUGUUGUUCUGUGGUUUUAUCACUGUGGCCUCCUUUCUCAUAGUCCCACAGAAGAUAUAGAAGAGUGUCAUGUCCCCUUCCCUGCCGAUCUCUUGUGUCGGAUAUACAAGAACAGACGCUCAGAAAUCAAGCGAUUGAGCACCACCCUAAAUGGGGCUGAGAUCCUCAUGAUCGAUGGUUUGUUGGAGGACGUGAAUGGCGGCGGAAGUAUUGGGAAGGCUUGGGAAAAAGAGGGAGGAAGUGGCUUGUACCCUCCUCCUUCCCUGCAUGCCCUGUUAGCUAUCUUCCUACUCCCAGACAUCUCUACCACCACCAAGCACCGCAUUGUCCAGUACCUCUUCCUUGAUCUGGCAUCACUCCUCUCUGAUGGGUACACAAGAGUAGUGGAGGAGUUGGUGAAGUACCCGUCAAGUUUUUCUCUGUCUCCGUCACACAUCAAACUUACACAGGCCUUCUGGCUGCUUGACCAUAAGGACUUUCAGGAGGGACUUAACGUGUUACUGGAUCCACUGGUUAAUGCUAAUGACAUCACACCCGCACAGCAUAGAAGAAUUGUUAAGGCUUUCCUCUAUCAGGGUGAACACACACGGGCACUGACUUAUGCCCAGAUCCGACAGCCUCCAAAGGUGGACUUGGAUGACAUCCGACUGCAUCUCACUCUCCUCUUAGCCAAUGGCUUGAUCCGCGAAGCCUUCCAUUACCAGAGGACUCAUCGAGUUAAGGACAACUCGGAAGAUCUUCUAAAUCAUCUAUACACAGGUUGUGAACAACUUGGGAAACUGGAGUGUGUGGUUCACCUGCCUCUCUCACCCUUGGAAGAGGAUGCUCUUGUGUCCUAUCUGAGGACCUCCUCAUAUCCUGCAGCUCAGGAUUAUCUCCUUGUCUAUUAUCUGCAGAGAGCCAGGUACGAUGAAGCUGCAGUUCUGCAAAAUAGCCUGCGUGGUGGUCUUGGUACUGCCAAAAAGCGACAGGGAGCAAGGUCAGCACUCAUCCAUGGCUAUCUCACACACUUGCCUGAUGUUGCUAAGAAGCUGUCAUCCGCCAACUUGAGCAACAGAGGACCAACACACACAGUCUAUAGCAAACCCCAGCCCCUGUCAGCCCAGAUCCGGCAAGCAGCGUGCAGCCCCAAGACAACUGCAACUAACAUUCAUAAAACGAUACAGCAAGAGCAAGACACAUGGCCAGUAAAUAAGGGUGCGACCACACCCUACACCCCAUUCAGGAGCAGAGCGCAAAGACGUAGAGGGUAUGGACAGCCUGAAGGUCUUGGGUUCGGGGAUAUCAGCUCACCCAAAUUGAGAGAUCCUACCAGGGAGAUAUCCCACACUGUCUUCCCAUCUCGAGUUGAAGCAAGCCAGUUAAGAUACAUUGAUCAUGACGGUGAUAUUGGCCUCUUCAGUCCAACCAUCAAGAGGAGCCGCCAGGAGUUGUCCCUUUUGAAUGAUGAUACUUCAAGACUGAUGGAGUCGGUCCUCAGAAAAAAUAUUCACAGCAGCAUGGACGUGAAUGCCAGUAUGUCUCAAAACAUAUCCUCCGAUUUGCUGUCCUUACUCCAAACCCCAAAAAUUGCCCGGAAGAGGAAGCCUCUGAACCGUUCUGUUGGAGAGUCGCCUCUUACGGACACCCCGCAGUCCAUACUCAAGGUGCGCCAGAUGGUACACAGACCCAUGAGUCCAUCGGCUACCAGCGACACUUCCAUCCCAGUGUUCCCACGAAUUACCAAGAGAGCCAGUAUAUCAGCCAGUGAGGAGGUUGUGACGAACAAAGUCAGCGAUACUACUAUGACUCCCAAGCAACUGCGCUUCCACCUCCCCAAGACGAGAGCAGAAGGAGAGAGCAACAGCAAAGAAGAAGUGCUGGAGAGGGAAGAAGAGGAUGAUCUAGUACCCUUGAAGCUUGAUGAAGAAGAGGAAGAUGCAGAGGAAGAAGAGGAGGAGAGAGGGGAGAGUGAUGAGGCAGUGGAGGAGGAGGAGGAGGAGAAGGAGGGAGAGGAAGAAGAAGAAGAAGAGGAGGAGGAGGAGGAGGAGGAUGUUGAUGAUGAUGAAAAGGAAGAAAUUGAUGAAGAGGAGGAAAAGAUAGCCACAGAACAAGAAGUAGCAGAGGAAGAAUCUAUAGAGAUGGAGGAGGAGGAGGAACCAUCAAGGAAGACAGAAACAGAGGAAGAAGAGAUGAAGGAGGUAGAGGUGGAGGAGGAACCAUCAAGGAAGGCAGAAACAGAGGAAGAAGAGAUGAAGGAGGUAGAGGUGGAGGAGGAUCCAUCAAAGAAGACAGAAACAGAGGAAGAAGAGAUGAAAGAGGUAGAGGUGGUGGAGGAAGAAACAGAAGAAAUGGAAUGCAAUGAUGAAGUGAAAGAAACAAACGGUGGAAAUUGGAUUGCAGUGUCACCACGUCCUGAAAUUCACAAUAAGAAGCUAAGCCCAGUGAGGCGCAAGUCUACUGGAAUCCCAUCGCCACGGCAACCUCUGCCUGGCUACGUGGCCAAAACAACUCAGGGAGAAGCAAUGUUACCCCAGAGCAUCUUCAAGGAGUGUGCUGAUGCAGAUGAAAUGGAUGCAAGCAGAGCAUCUGGGGAUGAAGGAGAUGUUGAGUAUCAAAGCAGGGAGACGACUGUGAAUGAGGACUUUUAUAGCUUCACUGAAGAGGAUGAGUUCAAUAUCUCAGAAAAGUCUGCAACAUCUGUAACAGGAGAUGGGGUGGCCAAGGAAUCUGAUGAUUUGGUUGACAGAGUAGAAGAAAAGGAGCUUGACGUUGAGAAAUCAAGUGAAACAGAAGAGAAAACAGAGUGCAAGCUUGAUCAAGUGCAAAACAAUGGUGGUGGUAUUAUUGAGGUCCAACAGGUAGAAUACUUAGAGGAAACCUCCAAACAGGAAGUCCAUCAUGAGGAGGUGAAGAAAUCUGUUUUGAUUGAGAAAGAGACACACAUCACAAGAGAACUAGAGACCAAAAAGGAAAAGAUGCAACAGCAGCUUAAUGAAUCAGAGCAUUUUGGCACUCUACAGUUUUCCGAUUCUGAAAGCGAAGAUGAAUCGACAACAAAAGCCCAGCCUCAAGAAGAAGCUUCCACUGUGACCAGCCAGGAAUUGGUAUCAGAAGAGAAUGGUGGCAGUGCAGAAAAUGAAGAGGAGAUCAUUGAGAAGCUGUCAGAGGAAGAGGAAGAGAUGAUAGUAGAAGCUCUCUCAGAAGAGGAAGAUCUGAGUCUGGCUCUAGACACAACAGAACGAUUCAGUCCUCUGCGAUUUUCAGAUUCAGAAAAUGAAAAUGAUGAAAAUGAUGGUGGCUCUGAUGGUGAACAGGAGAAAGUUAUUGAUAGAAAUGGAACAGAUAAGACUCUUGUAGAAUUAAGUGAAACCAAAGACAAAGAGGAAAUUAAGGUUGACACUCCGCAGUGGCAUCCUGUAAGCGUGCAGGUUUUCAAAACAGAGAUGGUCUCAGAGACAAAAGUCAUCAGGAAGACUGUAGAAUCUCCAUUACCAAAGGAACCAGUUCUCACAGAGAGCAAAUCAGAAACUAUCAGUGUAGAGAACAAUAACGAAGAAAUUGCGAAAUUUAUUGAAGAGGACGCAUCAAAGAAGGAUGUAGCUGUAACAGAGACAGGAGAACCAGUUGCAAGCCUUGAAGAACAAAGAGUAUCAUCUACCCCGUCUACAAAUGGAUCGUCAGAAGUAAACCACAAAGCAGUAGAAACCAUAUCAUCUUCAGAUAUCUCAGAGUCCUCUACUGGGUUGUCAAAAGAUCAGUUGGAGAAAUCGGGCAUUCCAUCUGCCAUAGACUCCAUGGACAUGGAUGAAGAACAGGGUGAGGUUGGUCAUGAAGAGGGCAAAGAAGUGGAGAAAGACACAGACACAGGCAUAAAGGAGAAUGUUGUUGAGAAAAUGGAAGAAAAGAUGGGUACAUCAGUGGUAGAUAGUGUUGUAGAUUCUAAAGAAAGCAUCUCUGUAGAAAAUGAAAAUAUGGAGACAGAUGAAACCGAUGGGAAGGUAAGUGGUGAAAGUGAGUCCCAGCAGGAACCGGAAGCUGUAGAAAGAGCAGAAGUUGGUAGAUUAGAUGUUACACCACCUGAGGAGACUGAUUCAAAGGAGGAAAAAACUAGUGAUAAGGAAGAUGGUACUGAAAUUAAGUCAGACCUUGUAGAAACUAGAGAUACACAGUCUAGCAAGGUUAAAGAAAUGCUUCAAGAAAUAGAAAGCAGUCCUCCAGAGGAAAGUUCUGAACUUCCUACUAGACCAGAAACACCAACUAGAAAAGCUGAGGAAGUACCAGAAACUUCAAGGGUAGCUUCAGUGCGAAGAAGUCGAAGACUUAGCACAUCAUCACCAGCCACUCCUGCAACCCCAAGGAGAAGCCGACGGACAAGUGGCAGUACAGCAGAUGAACCAGUGACGCCUGCCCACAAGUCUCUGUUAAGUGAAGUUGCCUUUGAAAGGGUGACAAGAUCAGGAAGGAAGAUCGGACAGGUGCCAACGCCCGUUACAAAGAAGCGGGCCACAUCCCCCACAUCUAACCUUGUCUUAUCAGGGAGAAUGCAGAGAAGAGCCUCAGCAGUAGCAGAGGAAGUUCAGAAAGUGACUCAGAGGCUGGAGUUAUCUACUGAUGAAAUUGAAGAGGAACCUGCAGCAGGUCAGGAACCAGAGUCUGUGUCUAUAGCCACUCAUGAUGUCCUGCCAACUCCACCCUCAUCACCAACAACUCCAUCUACAAGGAGACGAAGGAGGCAGAGUUCAGGAGAGGCUGAAGCUUCUGCCACCAAGUCCCCGAUUAGACGUUCUACCAGACAAAGUGCCUUGGAUGAGUCUUUAGGAACAAUUAAAGAAGAAGCAGAGGUAUCAGAGAGUCAAGAGAGUAAGGCCACAAAGAGUAAAACUACCCCUAGGAAAUUAGAAGGUACUCCCACCAAAUCAACACCAACUAAAGCCACACCAACAAGGACACGCAGAAAAUCUGCCAAACAAUCUGCUGUCAUUGAGAGCUUGGAAACAAUUAAAGAGGAUGCAGAACUUUCAACUGGGUUUGUGCCCCUUGUUUUAGAUGAGCAGAUAACAGGAACUCCAUCCCGAAGAACUCGCCGUUCACUUGCAGGAGAGACUAGUCUAACACCUGGCACUCAGACACUUGCAGAGGUUUCAGAGACCACCCCUGAAACAAAGACCCCAUCACGUACCAGGAAAAGGUCCUUAUCAAAGACAUUAGAAGCCACUCCUGAGGUCAAAACUCCUAUGCGUACAAGGCGGCAAUCUGGUGCAUCUGAUGUUUCUGACAUUGCAGGGGAAGCUAAGACACCAACACGAAGGACACGGAAGUCUGUCACAAAGGAAGUGUCAGAAGUCACUCCAGAGAAGAAAACGCCUUCAAGGACAAGAAGACAAUCAGUGUCUUCUGAUGUGUCAGAAGCAGCCCAGGAGGCCAAGACACCAACACGCAGGACACGCCAGUCUAUUUCAAAAGAGUUGGCGGAGACUGUCAAAGAAGCCAAAACUCCAGUGCGCACAAGAAGACAGUCUGCUUCAUCUGAAGUGUCAGAGGCAGCUUCAGAAACCCACAUACCGGCACGUGGAAGACGCCAGUCCAUAUCAGAGGGUAUGACAGAGGUCGUCCCUAAAGCAAGAACUCCCUCACAGAAGAGUCAAUUAUCUCGAUCAGCCAAAAGUACAAGAAGAAGAACAAUACAGGUGUUACAAUCUGAGGAGGAAUCUGCUUUCGAAGCUGCACACCGAUUGAUCUCUGUCCCAUCUCCAGGAUCAGAAAUAUCACAGAGAUCUCCAGAUAGAAUGUCAACCAGAUCUAGCGUCAAUAGCCCACUAACGAGCAUAAAAGACUCAGAGAGCAGUGAAGAAGAAGAGGUGGGCCGAAAGAGAGCAUCUAAGCAAGCAGCUAAGAGAACAGGAAGAAAGUCUUUGGCAGUUGAGAAGACUGUGGAUGAAUCAGCAGUCAGCAAGCGUAAGAGUCGACGUCUCACCAGCAGCACACUCCCAACAGCUAUAGUGAGUGACUUGCCCGAGAAGAUCAAGACUGGCAAGACGUCUCGAAAGUCAGUUGUGUCAUCAAAGCUUUAUGCUGAUACAGAAACAGGGCUGUCCACACCCCCGGAUGUUGGUGCUACCCGUCGUGCGCGGACUUCAAAGAGAGGGAGUUCUGCCUCCACCUCAGUCUUGAUCUUGGAGGAGACAAAGGAGCUGUUGGAUGAAGAAGAGGAGAUGGUCUUGGAGAGUGGGGGGGAUGUGUUUGAAGGUGUAGAUGAAGAAAUAGCAGAAGCUGAAACAGAAGCCCAGGACAGUCCAGAUGUGUCGUACUUGAAGGCAAGCAGCAGGGGCAGAAGGAAGCGAUCCAGCGCCCUUUCUCUACUUUCAGCACCAAAGGAGGGGAGGAAGAUCUCAGCGCUGCCCAAGCGGUCCUUGACAUCCAUGAGAUUGGCAACCGAUUCUUCACAGGAUGAGGAUACAAUGGAAACGAAAGUGAAAAAGACGAAGAAAGCGUCCCGAAGGACCAAAGCAGCAGAUGCGACAAUUCUUGAGCUAGAACCAGAGAGGAGGGACAGUGUUGGAGAUGAGGAGGAGGAGGAACAAAAAGUGGAGAAAGUAGAAAAGAAAAGAAGGUCAGUAAAAAAGACUAAGUCACAGGUAGAAAAGAAGGGAAUGCCAGUAGAUGUGGAUGUAGCAUUAGAGAAGAAACUCGAGGCCGUGCAGGAGAUGGCGGAAGCGACCGAAAGGGAAGCAAAGGCUGAACUUCGGAAAGCAAAAGCCCAAGGAGAAGCUACGAGCAAAGAUACCAAAGAGGAGCAAGUGACGCAGUUUCACUUUGCGACACCGAAGCCUGUCAUCAGCUCGAGGAAAGCCCGAGCACUUGAACACCUGAUGGGGGAAGCAGUGGAAUUCUUGUUUUCUCCUCCUCUAGCGGAAGGAAGGAUUGUUAAAACCCAUGCCAGGAUUGAGGAAGCCAGAAGCAGUUCGAGUGAGUCCGAGACGGAUGCAGCUGUUCCAGAGAAGUCCUUCAACCAAUGAUAGUGGACAAUUGCGGACACUAGUGGAUAGAUUAUCAUGAUUAACUGUGUUCUCUCUCCCCUGGAAAAUGGUAAUUUGUGUUGAUCUUUAGGUAAUGAUCAAAUCUUGCUAACCUCAAAGCUUUAAUGGCUCUUGGGAACUGUAAAUGUGAUCGAGGAGAAAAGAGAAAUAGUUUGAUGAGGAGAUCACUCGCUGUGGUACUGUUUUUACUCUUGAUGUGAAGUGGAACUGUUCUCCUAAACUACAGUAAAUAUAUGCGUUUAUGCAUGGAAAGUGUAUCUGUGAAGUGUGGUAAUUAUAAUAAUGAGGCUUUUGUUUUCUUUUUUUUUUUUUUUUUUUCUUUGUUUUCUUUUUUUUUUUUUUUUUUUACUUAAAACACUAAGAUACUUUCUGUGAUUGACACUGAAAGAAACAUGUUGAGAAUUUCUUUGUUUCUCUUUAUAUAUUUUUCCUAGCUCUUCCUCCCCAUUUCAUUGUUUUCUUGUAUAUGAAUUGUUUUUGCUUUUAGUUACUCUGGAUCAUGUUAUUUUUUACUCGGGUUUAGUAUAAUUAAUAAAAGAAAAUUAUUUCCUUGCCUUUGUUGUUAUAUGUUCAGUGGAUUUAAGUAAGCAACUCUUCCAAUUUAGCAACAUUUUCCCGUAAUUUUAACCCGUUUCGAGAUUAAUGUUGAACCAGGCUGUGAUACAAGUUGUUAGGAUAUAAUGUAUAACCUUUUGCAUAGAGCGAUAAGAGUUAACAAAAUGGAAAACAAAACAGAAAAGAAAGCCCUAAGUUGCACAAAUAUUCAGCUGACGUUAACCUUUUGAUCAGGUAAGGGAUGGCGCUAUUAAACAGGCCUAGUCUUAACCAUAGCACGUGUAACAGGCAGCCACGCUUGCCAACCACAAAUACUUCAAUGUCCUCAGUAGUUUGUAAGGUUUGAAUGUAUCGUGAUUUAGUUGGCUCGUUGAUUUUUUUUUCGUUCAUUUGGUCUUUUUUUUAUUUUUCCUCUUUUUGAAAGAGUUGCGUCGUAAGUGAAUGUAUGUUGCUGUAAGUUUUGUAUGUCAGUAUUCUACAUAAAGCCUUCAUAGCGCAAUGCCGGUCUUACAAUGUUGCGAUGACUAUAUAUAUAUAUAAAAUCAUGUUCACUGCUGCAGCUCAUGUAUUUGUUCUGUUGAUCAAAUUGCUCAAGAUUUGGCGUGUUGGCAUUUUAGUUUGUGAUUUUCUCCUUGUUCUUUUUUUAAUUUGUGAUAACUGUAUAGAAUCUAUUUUAAAGUUAAUAGACCUUGCUAAAUCAAGUCAUCUGCCAGAAUGAAUUAAGGAGAUAGCAUACAGAAAUGGAGACUAUUCUAGGCUUUUUAUCUUCCUACUUUCGCAAGAUAUUUUGGUGCCAUUUUAUAUAUUUUUGAAGCUUUUUGUUCUUUGGAUUAGUUUAAUCUGAGUGGAGAAAGGGAUUUUUAAUUUAAACGGCUUUUUAUAAAUAAAAUACUGUAAAGAAA